GUUUUCGUGCAGAAACAUUCCUGCGUGUUCCCCUCGUGAUAAAGUGAUUUCAUGCUGCACUUUACGUCCACAGGAGACGCGGGCUGGUCUUGACGUCAGGAAGAGCGCAAGCUGCGCUGCGCACAUGCAAGCCCGGCCAGCAGCAGCACAUCCCGGAGGCAAGGACCGCACAUCCCGGGCACAGAUCGCCAUUUCGCUGUAGUGUGGCGACCGGUCAGCACGCAGGAUGCCGCUGGGAGAAGAAGACAGUGGAUGGAAGAAGAAGACGUCCGACAUUAAAGAACAUUAUGACUUCAAAGAAGUGCUGGGAACGGGAGCGUUCUCUGAGGUGCUUCUAGCGGAGGAGAAGAGGACCCAGAGGCUGGUGGCCAUCAAGUGCAUCCCCAAGAAAGCGCUGGAAGGCAAAGAGAACAACAUCGAGAACGAAAUCGCGGUUCUGCACAGAAUCAAGCACCCCAACAUCGUCUCGCUGGAGGACAUCUUUGAAAGUGCAUCUCAUCUCUACCUGGUCAUGCAGCUAGUAUCAGGUGGCGAGCUAUUUGACAGGAUCGUGGAGAAGGGUUUCUACACGGAGAGAGACGCCAGCCAGCUCAUCCGACAGAUCUUGGACGCGGUCAAAUAUCUUCACGAUAUGGGCAUCGUGCACAGAGACCUGAAGCCGGAAAACUUGCUGUAUUACAGCAUGGAUGAAGACUCCGAGAUCAUGAUCAGUGACUUUGGUUUGUCCAAGAUCGAAGGAACCGGCAGCGUCAUGUCCACGGCAUGCGGUACUCCCGGAUAUGUGGCUCCAGAGGUGCUCGCUCAGAAGCCGUACAGCAAAGCAGUGGAUUGUUGGUCCAUUGGAGUCAUUUCUUACAUUUUAUUGUGCGGCUAUCCUCCGUUUUACGACGAGAACGACGCCAAGUUGUUUGAGCAGAUCCUGAAAGCGGAAUAUGAAUUUGACUCUCCUUACUGGGACGACAUCUCUGAUUCAGCCAAAGACUUCAUCUGCCACAUGAUGGAGAAAGAUCCAGUGAAGAGAUCCUCGUGUGAGCUGGCACUGCAGCAUCCAUGGAUCUGUGGUGACACAGCUUUGGACAAGAACAUCCACGAGUCCGUCAGCGCUCAAAUCAAGAAGAACUUUGCCAAAAGCAAAUGGAAGCAAGCGUUCAACGCCACAGCAGUAGUGCGUCACAUGCGCAGGUUGCAGCUGGGGACCAGCGUGGAAACGUCGAGUCAGAUCACUUCCAGCAACGCCUGUCAUGGACGUCUGCUGCCUGAGGACGACGAGGACGACUUGGAGAACGGAGAGGAAGAGAGAUUGUCUCGCCACAGCGAUGGUCGGCGUGGGAGCGCAGACGGCAGCACGGACCGAGACAGCCUGCGGAGCUGCACUUACUGCUGCAGGCCGGCCAGUCGCAUCUGAGGCCCCGUCACUUCCUUUACGAACUGUUCUAUUUCUGAACGAUGACAUCAAGGCCCUCUGAGCACCAGGAGCCCCUCGGCCCAGUCUGGCUCGGAACGGCUCCGCCCCACCUCAAACCUUCCCCCUGCAGUCUCGGUCAGACUGGGUCGCUUCUGAGCUGCAACGAGCGUUCAUGCUGGGAAACAUCAAAUAUGAAGGAAUAUUUUUAUGGACUUAUGGAUGUUCUGGUCCAACGAGAGGCUCCCACUGACAUCCCCCACCAUCUCCCAUGGGAUCUCAGUGCGAGCGCUCGGCGACUUUGUGACGUGCAAACCUUUUUAUUGUGGAAGUUGGUUUCCUGUUUGCAUGACCUAAUGAAACAUGUUUACAUGAAUGAUGAUCAUAUUCACAUGGAUAUCGUUGCCGUCAUCAUAUAACACACAUGAAUAUUGUUGCUAUGAUUACGUUGUACUUACGAUGAUGUGCCGUCAUAUUAUAUAAUGUGAAGUGACGUUGACAAAGAAACCACAGCACAUUUCUCACAUCAUCCAUUUUUUUGUGGCGCAGACAAAAGUAUGGGGACGCUUUCGUCAGAGGUCACGGAGAGACGCCGUUUUAGUUCAACUCCUCGUUGUUUUGUUUGCAUUGCAUCUCAGCGCGCACACAUGAGCCAUUUCAAACAAAAAUGAGAAAACGUUCAAACUUCUAAUAUACCGUAUUUUUCCGAGUAUAAGUCGCUCCGGAGUAUAAGUCGCACAGGCCGAAAAUGCAUAAUAAAGAAGGAAAAAAA